AUGGAGCCUUCUCCCCUCACCCAGCAAGCCCGCCCCGAAGUGUUCCAGCAGAAGGUUGUCGCUCUGUACCACGAACUAUUCAAGGAUGAGGAAGACAGCGAGACGACCGAAGGCUUCUGGAAGGAAUUCUUCCUGUUGAAGCCCGACAAGGCCACAUUGCAGAAUUUAAUCGGAGAAUUGAGUCCAGACGACUUGUCGCACCUCCAGGUCCAGACGAGGCAGCUCUUUAUCCGGGCUGUAGUAUGCAUCAAGGCAGGAAGUGCGCCGGCAGAUGCACAUGCUCUUGAUACCAUCACAGCUUUCCUGACCCCGGUCCUUUCUAAGAAGUAUACCAAUGCGAGCUCGGAUAUCAUCAACGUUCUGGCAGGAUUGGAUGAGGUUGAUGCUGUAUUUACAGACUUUGUUGCUGCGCUGGACGUUACAAUCAGAACAGGCAGGAGUUUGGAACUCCGACAAAAGGCCAUCGAAGUCGCUUUGGCUGUUGUAUCAGGCGCAUACCAGACAAGUCUGCUUUCAUACUUCACACAUCGCGAUUUAUUCCCUUCUCUCAUGAAAUACGUCCAAGACUCAGAAACAUCUUCCCGCGCAUUCGAGCCUUUCACUCUUCUCGGCCUGUUGGCAAACUACAACAAAUUCGAAUUUCAAAAUCCAUACCGGUUGCGACUCGAUGAUUUUGUAAACGAAGGUGCAAUUCAGAAGAUCAUAAGAUCAGUGGGGCAGGCAUGCGCGGAUGCUCGAGGGAAAUAUGUGGCAGUUCAAGAGGAUUUACCAGAAGGAUGGUCCAUCAGUGGCACCCUGUCUAUGAUCGGGUUGGGUUCGUUAGCCCCAGGAGGCGCAAAGACAAAAGCUCCUGUGAUUGAGCCUGAAGUUGCCAAGGAGAUGUUUGCGAAGCUACCUGGAAGCGAAGCAGCUGUUCUACUUGCGACGUAUGAUUUUGCACAUGCAAAUAAGCUGUUUUGCUUCAAUUUAGUCUCUCUGCCAGCUGAGAAAGGUCUUGAAGCACCAAUCAGCAGUUUCCUCUCUCUUACUUCAUAUCUACUGCAACACGCUUACUCGUCUCUCCGCACGACACAGUACUCUCAUCUUAAUCUACUCAUAAUACGGCUUUUGAUAGAGGAUCAAGUAUUGUGUAAGCGGAUAUGUAGCGACGAGAGCAAGAUGCCAGUGCGGUUGUGCCGGCAGAGGUCACCAUACCUACCUCUUGUCCGUGGAGACAGAGUUUUCGCGGCGGGCUUGCUGGAUACGAUGAUAGAUGGUAUCAACCACAAUCUGAGACGGCGACUUGAUGUGGAACUGUACAUCCUCUGCGUAGGAACGAUUCUCAGACUUAUCUCUCACCUCUCUCGAUCUCGAACCAGGCUCCAGUACCACUGGUCGGAGCUAUUCAGAUCUCUCCUAGCUCUCGUCCGCUUCCUCAACACCUACCAGGCAGAUUUGAAGGGCGCCAUCAACAUUGAGAUUCUUCUUGACGAUCUUGUAAACCUAAUUGCCCUCUCCCUGUCCGCCGGCGAAUCCUUCCUACCGGGUCCCGCGGCGUAUGACGACCUCUUCUACAAGCUAGUCGAGACAGGAGAGAAUCUGGUGAAGUUCCGGGACAGUUACGAUUUGGGGAAGCGGCCGACAAGCUCGAUAGAUACGUUGAUCAGUGUUAGCACGCACUACAACCAACUGCUGGAGGACGGAGCGUCUAGGAGAGGAAAGCAUUUGACGAGCGCGCAAGUCGCGGGUGUGAUUAAGCAAGGAUACGAGACUUUGAGCAUCCAAGCCAAAGAAGGGUUGGAUAGCUGGGACAGGUACCGGGAGGCAGACAAGAGGUCAUUCUUGAAGAAGAUGGCCAGGACGACAGUAGGCGAUGUCAAGGAUCUCAUCAGCGAGAGUUGA